GUUGCCUUCACUGUCCUGCUUCACAUGCUCCAACACAGCCGGCUUCCUCUCUCCUCCUCCUCCUUUUUUUUUCUAUUUAUGAAAACGUCACUUCAAGUCCCUCCCUGUUUGAAUCUCAUUAGUUUCUUGUGUGUUUCUCCCUGUCAAUAAUCCCGAAUCCAGACUCUCUCUAUUUCCAUCCCUCUCUAUCUGUCAAUCAGCGCCGCCUUUGAACUGAAAACCACUCCGACCAACUUCAACUCUCUCAAUCCGAGCACCGCGGCUCCUUCUCCGGCUUCCCCUUUUCCGCCAAGAGCCCCCUUCUUUUUCUUUUUAGGACUUUUUUUCUGUGGGACCGCGAACGCCACACGCUGUGUGUGUGUGUGUGUUUUUUUUAACUGGAGGGGGGGAAACGCAACCAACGACACCCCCGAAGUCACGGAAAGUGGGACUUUUUCGACGGCGAGGGGUCCUUUUUUAAAUUGAAAAAAGUUUCUCCUUUUGGAGAUAUUCCCCCCACCCCCCACCACCACUACCGAGAGCAGCAGCAGCAAGCUAGCCGCCUUCAGUGAAGCUCGUGGGGGGAAAACAGGAGCGAAAAUGCCGCAACUUAACGGCGGUGGAGGGGACGACCUGGGCGCCAACGAUGAGAUGAUUUCCUUCAAAGACGAAGGGGAACAAGAGGAGAAAAUCUCGGAAAACUCUUCGGCCGAAAGGGAUUUAGCGGACGUCAAAUCGUCGCUCGUCAACGAGUCGGAAACAAAUCAGAACAGCUCGUCCGACUCGGAGGCGGAGAGACGGCCUCCGCCUCGGUCAGAAACUUUCAGAGACAAAACGCGAGAAAGUUUAGAAGAGGCAGCGAAAAGGCAAGAUGGAGGGUUGUUCAAGAGCCCACCGUACCCGGGCUAUCCGUUUAUUAUGAUCCCGGAUCUCACGAGCCCCUACCUCCCCAACGGAUCACUUUCUCCUACAGCACGCACAUACCUACAGAUGAAAUGGCCCCUGCUAGAUGUUCAACCAGGAGGUCUUCAGAGUAGACAAGCACUUAAAGAUGCCAGGUCCCCGUCACCGGCACACAUCGUCGGGCCUUUCUGCUGGGAAUUCCCUGGACAGUCAGAUCUGAGCCUUCACCAAUUUCAUUUGUCGAAUAAGGUUCCAGUGGUUCAGCACCCACACCACGUGCACCCUCUCACACCACUGAUCACCUACAGCAAUGAGCACUUCACACCUGGGAACCCACCACCACACCUACAGACAGACGUGGACCCCAAAACAGGAAUUCCAAGGCCUCCGCAUCCUCCAGAUAUUUCUCCUUAUUACCCGCUGUCACCUGGCACUGUCGGCCAGAUCCCCCAUCCCUUAGGAUGGUUAGUACCACAGCAAGGUCAACCUGUUUAUCCAAUCACAACAGGGGGUUUUAGACACCCCUACCCAACUGCGCUCACUGUCAACGCAUCCAUGUCAAGUCUUCUUUCCUCUAGGUUCCCCCCACACAUGGUGCCCCCCCACCACGGUUUGCACACCACGGGCAUCCCUCACCCGGCCAUCGUCACGCCCAACGUCAAGCAGGAAUCCUCCCACAGCGACAUCAGCUCCCUUAACAGUUCGAAACAGUCAGAUGCUAAAAAAGAGGAAGAGAAGAAGAAGCAGGUCCACAUAAAGAAACCGCUGAACGCCUUCAUGCUUUACAUGAAGGAGAUGCGGGCGAAGGUGGUGGCCGAGUGCACGCUGAAGGAAAGCGCCGCCAUUAACCAAAUUUUGGGCCGGAGGUGGCAUGCGCUAUCAAGGGAGGAGCAGGCCAAGUACUACGAGCUGGCCAGGAAAGAACGACAGCUCCACAUGCAACUCUAUCCCGGCUGGUCGGCCCGAGACAACUAUGCGGCUAACCAACAGGGGAAAAGGAAGAAGAGAAAAAGGGAAAAGCAGCAAGCGGAGAGCAACGAACACAGAGAAUAUUUUCCAAACCCUUGCCUUUCACUCCCUCCGAUUACAGAUGCAAAUACCCCAAAGAAGUGUCGUGCCUUGUUCGGGCUUGACCAGCUGAGUUUAUGGUGCAAACCGUGCAGGAGGAAAAAAAAGUGCAUUCGCUACAUCCAAGGUGAAGGCAGCUGCGCCAGUCCUCCCUCCUCGGACGGAAGCUACCCAGACUCCCCCCCGUCCUCGCCCUCCUCCGUGGUCCCGUCCCCCUCGCCAAAAGAGUCCAAACCUCAGACUGAACAAAUGCAACCUCUCUCACUGACUAUGAAACCCGCCCACCAGCCGCUCCUCCCACACCCGCACCUCCUGGCCGGGCCACCGGAAAACGUCACGGCGGCGGGCAGGAAAACGCUGGCCCCGGAGUCUGGCGAAGUCCCACCCUCGCGGCUACCGGGCCCCUCGGUGGCGUCCCCCAUGGCCCGGCCCUCGCCGCUGCUGUGUCAUUCCCACUCGCUGCAGCCUCUGUCGCUAGUGACCAAGUCUAUAGAGUAGAAGUUGGACCCUCUUCUUUCUUUUUUUUACUAGCUGCCGCUAGCUAUUUUACUUUUACAAGUUCAUUGGUCAAUAUUUGACCCGCCAAGGAACCAUUGAAUUAUCCUCAAGAAUUAGCACCAGGAGCUGGAAUAAGGCUCGAUAAAACUUUUGUUUUUAAUUUAUUUUUGAAACUUUUUAUGCUCUGUAAAGGUUGAAUGGAGGAAACAGGAGGAAGUUUUCACCUUUCAUCCAAAAUACUUCUUGAGUCAAUUCUAGAACAAGAGAAGCCAGGUAAUGUUAACCAGCAAAUGUCAAUUGAAGCAAACUGGAAGAUUUUUUCAGGUCUUUGUAAUCCUCAAAAGCUGAACAGUUAACUGAUUUAUUACUAAUCAACAAGUUUAAAGAAUCCAAUUAAAAGCAUUAAACUUCAGGUUAUUGGAAGAAAUUCACCAAAAUGCUUCUUUAGUCAAAUUCAGAACUGCGAAACAACUUUUGACUGAAGCAACUGUAUUCCUGAGCCUUUUUCAGUUCUUAAUAUGACUGAAGAAACCAUUUGAAUUUAAUGUGAAAAUGAAGAGUCUAGUUUCCCCAAAAUGUCUUCUUCAGUCAAAUUUACAACUGAAAAAUCUCUACCAGCCAAGAAAUUUUCCAUAAGUCGUCUUGCACCACCAAGAAGAUGACAGUUGACCUUCUAAAUUUGACUGCAGAAGCAUUUUGGGUUCAAGAUUCUUUUAACAGUUUUGGCUAAAUCUAGCUCACGUUCAUUUCGUUUGACAUUAGACAGUUAACCUCCGAAAUUUGACUGCAGAAGCAUUUUGGGUUCAAGGUGAACGGUCUUAAACAACCAAGAAGGUUCCUUUAAAAGUUGACCUUCGAAAUUUAACUGCAGAAGAGUUUUGGGUUCAAGAUGAACGGUCUUAAACAACCAAGAAGGUUCCUUUAAAAGUUGACCUUCAAAAUUUAACUGCAUAAGAGUUUUGGGUUCAAGAUGAACGCUCUUAAACAACCAAGAAGGUUCCUUUAACAGUUGACCUUCUAAAUUUGACUGCAGAAGCACUUUGGCUUCAAGGUGAACGGUUUUAAACGACCAAGAAAAUUAUUUUCACAGUUUUAGCCGAAUCUGGUUCACGUUCAUCAUUUCGUCCGAUAUUCAACAGUUGACCUUCUAAAUCUGACUGCAGAAGCAUUUUUGGUUCAAGGUGAACAGUCUUAAACAACCAAGUAGAUUCUUUUAACAGUUUUGGCCAAAUCUAGUUCAUGUUCAUUAUUUCGUUCGACAGUUGAGCUUCUAAAUUUGACUGCAGAAGCCUUUUGGGUUCAUGGUGAACCGUCUUAAACAACCAAGAAGAUUCUUUUAACAGUUUUGGCGAAAUCUAGUUCACGUUCAUCUUUUUGUUUGACAUUCGAAUGUUGACCUUCUAAAUUUGACUGCAGAAGCAUUUUUGGUUCAAGGUGAACAGUCUUAAACAACCAAGUAGAUUCUUUUAACAGUUUUGGCCAAAUCUAGUUCACGUUCAUUAUUUCGUUCGACAGUUGAGCUUCUAAAUUUGACUGCAGAAGCCUUUUGGGUUCACGGUGAACAGUCUUAAACAACCAAGAAGAUUCUUUUAACAGUUUUGGCGAAAUCUAGUUCACUUUCAUCUUUUUGUUUGACAUUCGAAUGUUGACCUUCUAAAUUUGACUGCAGAAGCAUUGUGGGUUCAAGGUGAAGGGUUUUAAACAACUAAGAAGAUUCUUUUAACAAUUUUUGCCAAAUCUAGUUCACGUUCAUCAUUUCGUUCGACAGUUGAUCUUCUAAAUUUGACUGCAGAAGCAUUUUGGGUUCAAGGCGAACGAUCUUUAAUAACCAAGAUUCUUUAACGGUGACCUACUAAAUUUGACUACAGAAGCAUUUUUGGUUCAAGGUGAACGGUCUUAAACAACCAAGAAAGUCCUUUUAACAGUUAAAUAGCCAAAUCUAGUUCAUGUUCAAGUUGAAGGAAAGCAAUCCUGGUUGUUCAAGACAUUUAGAGCCCAAAACAACUUCCUAAGCUUCUUGUUUGACUUCACCAGUUCUGAUUUUAAUGUGAAAAAUAUUUUUCCAGCAACCAAGAGAGUCCAGUGACCUCCAUUAAAAUUUUGCAGAUUACUAUGACUGGGAUGACUGAGAAUCUACAGACAUUGUUUUUGUUUUUCCGCAUAUUUUUUCAUUUCGAUCAACAGCAGACACAACAAGCUAAAGGCUAGCGUUGGUUCUCCUUCUUUAUUUGUAUUAAAUACGAGCUCGCGAACCAAUCACACCCUUUUCAAGCACGCACGAGGGCGAGAGGCUAGCGGCGACGGCGCACCGAGGAACAACUUUUAAUUGUGAUGUUACUUGUUCUUGUUUAAAUGUACAGAAUAAAACAAAACGGGGGGGACGAGACGGGCCGGUCGGGUUGGGAAUAUCAUGUUAAUUAUGCAUUCUUCCACUGCUUUUUCUUUGUUUACCUUUCGGGGAGGGUUCGGGGUGGGCGGGUGUUUAAAGGGGUCGUCGGAUUGAAAAAUGUCACCACGCUAGGACCAGUAGUAUUUAUUGCUUUAGAGAUUUUGCUCGUCGUAUCUUGUACGUGUCUCUUUUUUGACCUUUGAUUUCCUUUUUCUUAACAAAAAAAAAAAAAACUGUUGUACAAAUAUUUUUUCUUAAGGUAAGCGACUUAUAUAUAUACGAACGAUCCAUUUUUACAAGGAGGUUUUAAAAGGCAUAUUUUUUUCCACCCUCAUUUUUCGGAAAACCCAGAUUGCGCUCUCGUGUACCGCGUCCAUCCCGCCGAGAAUUUUGAGAAACGCGUCGAUAAGCCAUUAUACGGAACAACCGCUUCGCCAUUUCAAUCUCUGUUGAUCCGCCGUGUACAGAUUUUUCCGUGCCAAAUUUUCUGGAUAAUUUCACCCCCCACCCAACCCCUGCCAAACCACGCUGUAAGGAUCCUCUUCUUUUUAAGUUCAACGCCAUCCUUUUGCUGUGACGUUACAUAGAUUGCUAUGUAUGUAGUAUAAAUGUUGCUAUAACAAAUGUGUUUGGUAGCAAAUUGUCAAAUAUUAAAAAUUUAAAGCUAAUAAUAAAAAAGGAAAAAAAAUGACGGGCAUCAUACUGUAUAAAAGCCACACGGGCCAAAUUCUGUAUAUUAGGAGGUUCAUAAAAAAACUUAUUAAAUACAAAAAAAUACACAAACUGCCACUUUGAAGUACACUACUACAUAUAGGUAGAUAGGAAAAAAAUAGGCAUGUCGAUGUUGCAAGAGGCUGUAAAAUAUUAACGAGAAAAAAAAAAAGCUACAAGAGAAAUCAUCCACUCGGUGCCAUUGUAGUUGACAUGACGCGACUGUAAUCUGUCGAUUUCUUCUCUGGUUUAUUAAGAUGCUAAUGAUAAAUAGUUUGAAUGUUUCCUUAACGGCUGUGGUGUUCCUGUUCUCUUUUAUGCUCUUUUCUUUUUCUUUUCUUUGUCCGUUUGUUUCUUUCUUUCUUUGCGCUUCUUUUGAAUGGUUCCCCGAAACCAUGUUUUUUGUAUUGAAUCAAUGUUAAUGCUGUACAGUCUCCGUAGCAUGCAGUUCUGUAUUAAUAAAAGCAACUUAGUAUGUGCA